CCUCAAGAUACUCCUUCACCAUGUCGUCUUCUUCCUCCAUGAACAAAUAUUGGAUUCCGCACUUGGAUAUCCACAAAAAAGUCAUCACCCGGGAACUGCAGUAUUACCUCGGGCCAGAAGCGACGGUGAGAUCCUUCACUCGCAAUGGGGAAGACGGAUUUUUGAUCACCACGCCAGGACCUUGCCUGACAGAUGAACAAAUAGACGACAUUUGUGUCAAGUCUAGAGAGAUGUGGGAGAAACAGGCAGCAGCAAGGUCGUCCGGAACGGCGAACAAAGUCCUCAAGCGACCGCUCCAUCAGCCCGUGGUUGUGUCAAAAGCGGGAUCGAGUGAUUCGACAAAACGAAGGAGAGAUAGCCGACGGAGCAACGAGACCAGGAGCCGACGGGACAAUAGACGCCAAAGUUGAUUCCAUGAUACCCUUAUAGAAGCCCAACCGAGCACGUGGAAUUGUUGGUACCUAAUGAUGGGUGCAAGAACCACCCCUGGGAGGGGAGAAAUAGAGCGGGGAAAGUUCGAAGACGGUUUCUCAGAUUCUCGGAGACUCGGGGCAGUGUCUGCGUUUCACCAUUCGACAAACUGGAUGGAUGUCGAGGGGAGCCCAGGUACGCGGGAGGAUGAACGGCGUACAAAUGUUUUCAUCUUGGCUGCGACGGAUGCAACUUGAGAAUCGGGCCGUGGCAGAGCGGCCAGGGGUUAGUGUUUGGACCAGCAAUAUUGUGCCAUCUGGCAUGCCGUAACUGCAAUGGACAUUAACAGUUUCCGU